UUGAGUAUUCUUAAAACGAUUGACUGCUCCUCUUCGGAGUUGAGUACAGCCUGAGUCAUGUGUGAUGUUGUGGAAUUGCUGUCGAAAGAGGAUGAAGAAAUAAAUCCAAUUGCAAAGCUUCCUCUAGAUGCGCCACCUAUUAUACCACGUCUUGAAGAUGAAUUGGAGAGGUUUCUUACUGACCCUGAGUCUAUUCCCAUACAUGAUAUUGAUAGGGCUCAGAGGUUUACCCCACGAGUUGCUGAGCCUCUGAAUUUACUGCAUGUUGACCUAUGUCCUGUGCAGUCCACAAUUCAGGUGGAACGUAACCCCACCACUGGUCAGCUUGUAGGAUAUAGGGAGGCAUACAUAUCAGACACUGGACAAACAGCCCGGAACUCCCUGUCACUGAAAAGGGCACCGGACCCAGACUCUGACAGUGUGAGGGGAAACACUCUCAACUUCCCUUUCUGGCCUGGUGGCCAGGAUGAACCAGUGUUGGAAGAUUUGCUAAAAGCUACAGCAAGUGAUAACAUUGACUUUGAACAUGAUCUGUUGACUGUUGCCCCUGGCUUAGAAGAAGGGAUGACUUUCCAUGACCCAAUUGUGAAAAAAGAGGCCAGUCAAUCAGAAGAGAGCUCUUCUAAGGUCAUGACCCUUGCUGACAUCAUGACCUUGAAUGAUGACAUUGGUGACCUUGACUUAGAAGGAGAUGAUGAAGAGGAGAAAAAUGAAGCGGAGGAUAAACAAAGUUCAGAAGUCACCAUUCAAAGAAGUGAGAGUUUUGAGCGUCUGGUUGAGCCAGCAGAGACCACAAAGACACCUGAAGAAACCAAAAGCACUAGGAGGGAGGAGAAGGAAGAGUGGGCGUUCAAGGUGGACGUAGAUGCUCCUGUUGAUGAUUUCUACAAGAGGGUGCCUGACAUGGCAUAUAACAAGUGGCCGUUUGAACCGGACGUGUUCCAGAAGCAGGCAAUUCUUCAUCUAGAGGCCCAUGAGAGCGUGUUUGUAGCAGCUCACACAUCCGCCGGGAAAACUGUGGUAGCUGAAUAUGCCAUAGCUCUCUCAUUGAAACAUAUGACAAGGACUGUAUAUACAUCACCUAUAAAGGCCUUGUCCAAUCAGAAGUACCGAGACUUCAAGCACACAUUCAGUGAUGUAGGUCUUAUUACCGGGGAUGUGCAAAUAAACCAGACCGCGUCCUGCCUUAUUAUGACCACAGAAAUUUUGAGGUCAAUGUUGUACAAUGGAUCUGACGUGAUUCGAGAUCUAGAGUGGGUCAUUUUUGAUGAGGUCCACUAUAUCAAUGAUGCAGAGCGAGGUGUAGUCUGGGAAGAGGUCCUUAUCAUGUUACCGCAACAUGUGAACAUUAUACUCUUGAGUGCCACCGUACCUAACACACUGGAGUUUGCAGCGUGGAUAGGUCGAACAAAGAAGAAGAAGAUUUAUGUGAUCAGCACAACAAAGCGGCCUGUGCCUCUUGAACACUAUCUGUACACAGGCAACAGUAACAAGACCAGUAAUGAGCAGUUCAAGGUCGUAGAUGCAAAGGGAAGCUUCAGCACUGUGGGAUACAACAAAGCUGUUGAAGCUAAAAAAGAGAGGGCAACAAAAAGUUCGCAGAAUUUUGGGGCCAAAGGUCAAAGGGGCGGUCAUCCAAGCCAGGACAAGAAUGUUUGGCUGUCUGUGAUCGAGAUGCUGAAGAAGAAAGACAAACUACCGGUAGUUGCCUUUACAUUCUCUAAGAAGAAAAUUGAAGAGAAUUGUCAAAAUCUCCGAAGUCUUGACCUAACCGUUGCCAAGGAGAAAAGCGAGAUACACAUCUUCUUUCACCAGUCCAUAAAAAGGCUCAAGGGUUCAGAUCAAACACUCCCACAGGUUCUGCAGAUGGAGGAUACAUUGAAGCGUGGUAUCGGGAUGCAUCACAGUGGCAUUCUGCCCAUACUGAAGGAAGUGGUGGAGUUACUGUUUCAGAAAGGCCUGGUCAAGAUAUUAUUUGCUACUGAGACGUUUGCAAUGGGCGUGAACAUGCCUGCCAGAACGGUGGUGUUUGACUCCACCAGAAAACAUGAUGGCACUCAUUUCAGGGACCUGUUGCCAGGAGAGUACAUUCAGAUGGCGGGGCGGGCAGGUAGGCGGGGCCUGGACACAACUGGAACAGUGAUUAUACUAUGUAAAGGGGACGUACCUGAACAAGCUGAUCUCCACAAGAUGAUGCUGGGCAAACCCACGAAGCUGGAGUCUCGUUUCCGACUGACAUACUCCAUGAUCCUCAACCUCCUGCGUGUGGAACAGUUGCGAGUGGAAGACAUGAUGAAACGGAGCUUCUCCGAGUUCCAUAGCCAGAAAGAUGUGGCCAGGAGAAAAGAAGACUUGGACAAGCUUCACACCCAAAUCACGUCGCUUGCGGACAUAGAGUGUUUCAUGUGUUCUGUGGAUCUUGAGACAUACUGGGAGACCUGUAGAGACUUUCAUGAGCUCAACAAUCAUCUCCAGAGCAUCAUUUUAUCCCAUCCAGCAGCCAUAAAAGCCCUAUCACCCGGCAGAGUGGUUAUUGUUAAUACUCCAACAUGUUCCCAUGUUCUCGGUGUUGUUCUCAAAACUGGAACAACUGGUGCCAACAAUGAGAGAACAUUCACUGUGCUAGUUAUCUGUGAUAAAAAUAGCAAUGAUGCAAGUGCUAAAAAUAGCUUGAGUAAUUUUGACUCUAAAAAUAGAAAUGGUGUAAUCAGUGACCAAUCGUUUAGCUCAGAUUUAGUGACUCCUGUGCUAAAGAAGAGGCUUUUCCAGCCAGAGGGAGCGUGUUGGCAUGAAAUUGUGCAGUGUAGAUGUGAAAAUAUUGUCACUGUUACAACAAAGACUAUACGUUUGGACCCAGAAAAAAUUAUCAAUGAUGUAAAGAAAAGAGAAAUACCUAGAUUCAAAACCGAUCCACCAUCACAGUCAGUUACCAUGGCAUCACAGGAGCUACUACGUAUCACUGAGGCCAACAUGGACGGUCUGCCUGGCCUUCACCCCACCAGUGACCUUAAACUUCGAGACAUUGACCUUGUGGAGAAAUUCCGUGCCCUUGAACUGAUGAUGGGCAAAUUUGAAUCGUUCAAUUGCGUGAAUUGUCCCAGGUUUACUGAGCAUUUCAACUCAAUGAGUGGUAACAUGAAGGUGAAAGAAGAUUAUCGGAGAUUGCAGUAUCUGUUGUCAGACGCAAGCCUCAUGUUGUUGCCAGAGUAUCAACAGAGAGUUGAGGUUCUGAAGGCAUUGAACUACAUAGACCAGCAUAACGCAGUACAACUUAAAGGACGGGUGGCGUGCGAGAUCUCAACACACGAGCUGAUGAUAACGGAGCUAGUGUUUGAGAACGCCCUCACUGAGCUUCACCCCACAGAAAUUGCCGCCCUACUGUCCUCGAUGGUGUUUGAGCAGAAAAAUUGCAGUGAACCAAAGCUUAUAUAUACCUUGGAAAAGGGGAAAGAAAACAUCCUUGAGAAGGCCAACCAGAUCAGCCGCAUACAGCGACAGAUGGGUAUGCAGGUGGAUUCUGAAUACGCUGACACAUUCAAGUUCGGGCUCAUGGAAGCCGUGUUUGAAUGGGCUCGGGGCUUGCCAUUCUCAGACAUUAUUACUCUGACUGAUGUUCAGGAAGGAAUCAUAGUGCGCUGUAUCCAACGACUUCAUGAGACAUUACGUGACGUUAGAAAUGCCGCCAGAAUCAUCGGAGAUCCCGUUCUCUACCAGAAAAUGGAAGAGGCGUCAACAAUGAUUAAACGAGACAUAGUGUUUGCUGCUUCGCUGUAUACGCAAUGAUUUGAUGUGUUGAACAAUUUGCUAGUGCCAUGAACAUUUUGGGUACAUGAAAAGUACUCGUUAUUUUGUCUGUUUUACGCAGAAAAUACUUAAGGUAUUGUUUUAUAGGAGGGGUUGUCUUCGUCCACACUGGUAAUAUCUCCAGCUUUUGGCCAUAAUUCGAAAUUGAACAAUUCAAAAUUGGUUCUCGAAAUUCACAUGAACCUUAAUACAUGUGCUUCCAAGAACAAGUUGUGCAUUAUGGAACUUAACUCUGGCCUAAUUAAUUGUUGGGUUAACUCCCUUGACCAGCUGUCAACAAUUGUUGAGCGUUGACAUGCUUGCUUGCAGUGCUUACUAUUUUGACCAAUUUUCCGAUUUGACCAAACUUGUAAAUAGUCAAUUACUUAUUGUCCAAAUAUUUAUUUACAUGAUUGUGAAUGUAAAAUGUAUAUGCUUUAACUUUUAAGACAAAACAUACUUUUUACUAGUAUGGGGAUAAUAAAGUUAUUUAGACUUGAUCAGAAAAUCAGCACCGACAGCUGUCCAUUUAAGACUAUUAAAACUGUUGUAAUGGACUGUUGCCUCAAAAAUAGUAAGAAAUAUCAUGAAAUGGAUAUAAAUUGCCAUAGAAUUAAUUUAAACCAGAGUCUAAGCGGCUUAUCGCUCUUAGGCCCCAAUCCCUCAUUCAACACAGUUACUGAAUGAUCAGAAUUGGUAAUUUUUGUCUGUUAUCUUUCCUGGUUGUAUUUCUAUUGGAGUGAGAUAUGUUAUGGAAAUGAACUUUGUGUGCUCUGUGUUUUAUUUGUUAAAUGACUGCUUUAAGCUGUAUGCAAUCUUUGAUUGCUUUUGGAACAUAAAUACAUGGUAAGGGGCUUUUUAGAUGUUGUACCAUAAUGGGCUGAUGGUAACUUUGGUUUAACCAGUAUUUAAUUAAGACAACCAUACAUAAAUCAAGGACCUUUAGGUCUGUGAAUAAUUCAAGAGCAUUGAAAUGAAAAAUAAUGGGAAGAAAUAUAAAGUGAAUGCAAUUAUGAUAAAGAGCAUGCAAACAAUAACUUAAAUUUUACAGAAUAAAAAAAUAACAAAAAUUCUGAGAAUCUCUUAUGUAACAUUGUUGUUAACUUUUGAGGGUUCAAAAGUCUCUCUAUGCCACAUUGUCUAAGUGAACAACACAAUUAACGGCAUCAUUGUAACUUUUGAAGGUGCACAAGUAUCUCAUCUGCAACAUUGUCUAAGUGAACAACACAAUCAACGGCAUCAUUGUAACUUUUGAAGGUGCACAAGUAUCUCAUCUGCAACAUUGUCUAAGUGAACAACACAAUUAACGGCAUCAUUGUAACUUUUGAAGGUGCACAAGUAUCUCAUCUGCAACAUUGUCUAAGUGAACAACACAAUUAACGGCAUCAUUGUAACUUUUGAAGGUGCACAGGUAUCUCAUCUGCAACAUUGUCUAAGUGAACAACACAAUUAACGGCAUCAUUGUAACUUUUGAAGGUGCACAAGUAUCUCAUCUGCAACAUUGUCUAAGUGAACAACACAAUUAACGGCAUCAUUGUAACUUUUGAAGGUGCACAAGUAUCUCAUCUGCAACAUUGUCUAAGUGAACAACACAAUUAACUGCAUCAUUGUAACUUUUGAAGGUGCACAAGUAUCUCAUCUGCAACAUUGUCUAAGUGAACAACACAAUUAACGGCAUCAUUGUAACUUUUGAAGGUACAUAAGUAUCCAACAUUGUCUAAGUGAACAACACAAUUAACGGCAUCAUUGUAACUUUUGAAGGUGCAUAAGUAUCUCAUCUGCAACAUUGUCUAAGUGAACAACACAAUUAACGGUAUCAUUGUAACUUUUGAAGGUGCACAGUUUUAUGUUGUCACAUGACGUUCCUUGCUUCAGGUGUAUUACAAACAUUACAGAGUUUCUUUUAUUUCAUAAUUUUCGAUGAAAUAUGGAGUUUUACCAGUGAAAUAACAACAGUGAAAAUAUCAGUUUCUUGUAUAACACAAGUGUAAUAUAGUUUGAAAUGACAUCAUUUCAACCUAUUCGUUUAAGUCAAAACUUUUUGCCGUAAAGGAAUAACAACUCAAUAUUAUGAAACCCAGUACGGAAAUGUUAUAAGCCUUGCUUAAGGCUUACUUUUUAACUUUAAUCUUGUUUCAUAAAUGUUUAUAUAAAAUGGGAACUGAUAAAAGAUCCACCAUAUAGGUAUAUACAUGGCAAAGUGCUUUUCACAGCACGCACAUAUAUAUAUGUCAAGUUGAUUUUUUUAUCCGGAAUCUUUCCAGAAAUAUUGCAAAUCACAAGGUGUCAUUAAAUUUCCAGAAAAAUAACAAUUAAGAAGUUAACAAUUAUGUCAAGAAAGUUCUAUAAAACAAUCAGCCCAAUGUCUCAAUAAAAUAACUGGUUUUGUUUAAAACGUCUUUUGUCAGUUUUGACCUUGACUAUUUAUACAUUUCAUCAGUGCAUGAUCAAUUAUUGUCAGAGAACAAAGAAUUAAAUCAAUGAAUUGUCAUUAUGAAUAAUAACAACUAUAACAUGUGA